AAACGAGUUAACGAAAAAGCUACUUUCAACUUCCUGUUUUGUCGGAAAGCAUGUUUUCAUUUAACUUUAACGUUGAUAGUUCGGAAAAUUGUGAUAAAAAAGAUGCAUCAAUUGAUACUAAUGAAGAGAAAGAUACAAAUGACACUACUGAAGAAGUUAUUUACGGAGAAGUAACGUUUAGUACCGCUGAUUGCAAUAAUUUAAUUGAAUCAUGUGGAAUAGAAGAAACAAUGAUAACACCUGAUUACAAAAUAUAUCAUAUAGACUUGAAUGUUUGUGAGGAAAAAUUAAAGCAAUCAUCAGAUAGUAAAAUAAAAGAAGCUCUAGAUAAAAAUUCGGACGUUAUUCCUCAAGUCUACGAAGGUGGAUUAAAAGUAUGGGAAUGCAGCAUCGAUCUUUGUGCAUAUCUAAAAGAAACAAACUAUGAAUUGAGUAAUUUAAAUAUUUUAGAACUAGGAUGUGGAAUAGGCUUACCAGGAAUAUAUACCCUAUCAAGACAACCUGCAAGUGUUACAUUUUCAGACUAUAAUAAAGAAGUUUUAGAAUUUGUGACUUGUCCUUCAGUAUUUUUUAAUUCAGAGGAUGAGGAUCGACCAGAAGUUUCUUUUAUAUAUGGGGAUUGGUCUGUAAUUGAUAGGCAAUUACGACACAGAUUUUAUGAUCUUAUUCUCAUGUCAGAGACUAUUUAUGAUACCACCAAUUAUAAAAUUCUCCUUAAACUUUUGGAUUUAGUAUUAUCAGAUAAAGGAGAGGUUCUUUUAGCGUCUAAAAAUCAUUAUUUUGGUGUUGGAGGUGGAACAAGACUGUUUGAAAAAGCAGUUGAAAAUCAUGGUAUCUUCAAACAUUUCCUGUUAAAAUCAUAUCCUGAAGGACUUCAGAGAGAAAUACUUAAGUUAGCUAGGCGUUAAUCAACAACUAGUAUUUUCAUCAAGGUCGUUUAUCUUUCUUAUAAGAACAAAUUAGUCCGCUUAAGGAGAACAAUUACAUAAAUAAAUCAGUUUGUAAAUUUUGAAUAAUCAAAAAUUUCCUUAUUGAUUCAUUACUCUCAUAACUAUAUAGUAAACAUUAUGUAAUUGUUACAGAAGAAUAGUAUCAAUGGGAAAUUAGAAUGAAAAAUGAGAUAUUUAUAGUUGAUAGCGUGUAGCUGUCGAUAUAGAUUUGUAAUUAAUUUCUCCAAAUUCCUUAAAUUCAGAUCUGUUUUUAGAAUCAUUAGUAAACCCGUAAAAGUUGCUAUUACCGCUUAAAGAUCACCUAUAAGAACAUCUAUAAAUACCACGUAAUCGGAUACAUGAAUAUUUACAAACACCAUAGCAUUGCCUCAAGAAAUAGAAUAUGCCACAACAUAUAUUUCGUUAGUGAUGUUUAUUUUUGUCAGGUAGUUUUAACUUUGUUUACAUUAUUCGAAAGUCUUUUCAGUCACGAUCCGUUUAAGAAUUUUCUUAAGUUUUCUUUGGUAAACCCAGAUGAUUUGAAUGACGAUAGUAAAGUCUUGACGUAGUCUUUUAAUUGAUUCCCUCCAAAGUCGGGCUGUUUAGAAAAAAAUUAAAAUGUUUGUAAUAUAUAAUAAUGUUUGUAAUAUAUUAAAAUUAUCAUCUACGUAGUGUAAAUGCUUUGAUAAAUCACGAAUGAAGGCUAAAAACUCUUCAUUAUCCAGAGAUUGAUUUCUAUCCUGUAAAUUAUCUUCAAAAUUAAGUAUAUUAGUCUUAUUUUACAUCAAAACUGUUUACCUUAUCGUAGUGAUUAAAAAUG